AUGCCUGCCGCUCCACUCAAUUCCUCACUCGUCACUCUCCUCUCCAAAUGCACCGUCGUCCCCGACCAGAAAUCCACCAUGCCCGACCUCAAGCUCUCCGCCUCCGACCUCCCCAUGCUCUCCUGCCACUACAUCCAGAAGGGCGCCCUCUUCUCCCGCCCUGACUUCCCUUCCGCCUCCCUCCUCCUCCUCCUCCAAUCCUCCCUCGCCCACACCCUCUCCCUCUUCCCCCCUCUCGCCGGCCGCCUCUCCACCGACCCCGACACCCACCACGUCUACAUCGCCUGCAACGACGCCGGCGCCGAUUUCAUCCAUGCCUCCGCCCCCCAGAUUUCCCUCUCCCAGAUUCUCGGGUCGGUCCGGGGACCCGACUUCGUCAACGGGUUCUUCUCCCACGACCGCACCGUCAGCUACCAGGGCCACCACCGCCCCAUCCUCGCCGUCCAGGUCACCGAGCUCGCCGACGCCGUCUUCAUCGGCUGCUCCGUCAAUCACUCCGUCACUGACGGCACUUCUUUUUGGAAUUUCUUCAACACGUUCGCGCAGGUCGCCCGCGGAGUGAAGCGGAUCCCCUGUUUACCCGACUUCACCCGCGACGGCUGCCCCCUCAUGUCCUCCGCCGUCCUCCGCCUCCCCGAGGGUGGCCCACGUGUCACCUUCGACGAGACCGCGCCGCUGAGCGAGCGGAUCUUCAGUUUCACUCGUGAAUCCGUCCUCAAGCUGAAAGCGAUUGUUAACAAGGACAACGCCAAGUGGGUCGGGUCCGGGUUCGACCCGGUGGAGCUGAUGGGCAAGCAGAGCAACGACCCGUUUUAUUACUCGAACCAACAAAAGAAGAUGCUGUCAAACGGCGUCGUUCUGCAGGAGAAGGAGAUCUCGUCGUUUCAGUCCCUCUGCGCGCUCGUGUGGCGGGCGGUGACACGUGCGAGGAAUUUGAGCCCGUCGAAAACGACGACGUUUCGGAUGGCGGUGAACUGCCGCCACAGGGUGAGCCCGAAGAUGGACCCGAUGUACUUCGGGAACGCGAUCCAGAGCAUCCCGAGCUACGCGACGGCGGGGGACGUGGCAUCGCGGGAGCUGCGGUGGCUGGCGGAGAGGCUGAACGAGAACGUGAGCGCGUACGACGACGCGAAGGUGAGGAGCGUGGUGUCGGAGUGGGAGGCGAGCCCGCUGUGCUUCCCGCUGGGGAACCUGGACGGGGCGUCGAUGACGAUGGGGAGCUCGCCGCGGUUCCCGAUGUACGACAACGACUUCGGGUGGGGACGGCCGCUGGCGGUGAGGAGCGGGAAGGCGAACAAGUUCGACGGCAAGAUGUCGGCUUUCCCCGGAAGGGAUGGCAGCGGGAGCGUCGAUCUCGAGAUUGUUUUGUCGCCGGAGACGAUGGACGCCAUUGAAUCUGACCGCGAGUUCAUGCAGUAUGUUUCAAGCUGA